UGGUAAAAAAAAGGUCAAAAGUUUCGCGGGAAAUAACAACAUGGAGGACGAAGUGACAGCGCCUCCGCUCCCAGAGUCUGUGCAAUGCCCCGUUUGCUCCAAAGGGUUCAAACCUUCAAAGAUUAACGCACAUCUCGACAGAUGCCUUCAAGAUGACGUCGACCGCUGUCCGUCUACCAUGGACGAGGGAAGACCACCUCUUAAGAAACCCCGCGUUACUACUGCCUCACCUCCACCCGUACCUGUCAGUACAGCCAAUGGGACCCCGACCCGUGGGCUACGAGGUACGUCCUCUACCGUAUUCUCCCUGUUUCAGAACAAAAAACAAAACGUUUCAGUUCAAGGUGAACGCAGUCCAUCCUUUUCCGAGAAACUACAACAACCACCACCUUCUUCUUCAUCAGCGGUCAGCAAGGGUGUUAAACGCACCGCUCCAGGUGAUAUCGAACCAGGGCAGCCAGAUGCUGAUCCCACUAUGCUGACCAGUCCACCCAGUUCACAAUUAACCUUAGUGAAGACGUCUACGGAAGCCGUGCCGUCCCGGACCUUUCUGAAUACAGACAAGCCCUUAGCUGAGACACUGCGACCCAAAACGCUGGAGGAGUACUUUGGACAGAACAAAGUUGUGGGAGAGCAUACCCUCCUCCGCUCACUGCUGGAGUCACAAGACAUCCCCUCGUUGAUCCUAUGGGGACCCCCUGGAUGCGGAAAGACCACUCUUGCUCACAUCAUAGCCAGCAAGAGCAAGCAGAAGGGAACUGUGCGCUUUGUGAAGCUCUCCGCCACCAGUGCGUCCACCAGCGACGUGAGAGAGGUGAUCAAGCAGGCGCAGAACGAACUCCGACUCUGCAAGAGGAGAACCAUCAUGUUCAUCGAUGAGAUCCACCGCUUCAAUAAGUCCCAGCAGGACACCUUCCUGCCUCACGUGGAGUGCGGCACGGUGACCCUGAUCGGGGCGACCACGGAGAACCCCUCCUUCCAGGUGAACUCUGCGCUGCUGAGCCGCUGCAGGGUGCUGGUGCUGGAGAAGCUCUCUGUGGAGGCCAUGGGCUCCAUCCUGCAGCGGGCCGUGGUCUCCCUGGGGGUCCACGUGCUGGGGGACGGGGAGCAGGCCGGGGACCUGGAGGAGCCCCCCGAUGAUGGAGCCCAACCGCAGGUGUACAUCGAGCAGAGGGCUCUGGACACCGUGGCCCACCUGUGUGACGGAGACGCCCGCGCUGGCCUCAACGGGCUGCAGAUGGCCCUCCAGGCGCGGGUGGGCGGGGCCCCUUCAGGGAGGGUCGUGGUGCAGGAGAAGCACGUCAAGGAGGGGCUGCAGAGGUCCCACAUCCUCUAUGACAAAGCAGGCGAAGAGCACUUCAACUGCAUCUCGGCGCUGCAUAAGUCCAUGAGGGGCUCCCACGAAAACGCCUCUCUCUACUGGCUGGCCCGUAUGCUGGAAGGGGGGGAGGACCCCCUGUAUGUGGCCCGCAGGCUGGUCCGCUUCGCCAGCGAGGACGUGGCAAGAUUCCCUCCCUGUCCAUAUACGGGCAAAGGACCAAGAAGAUUGAUGUCAAGAAAAUCAUGUUCUUUUUCGACUGAACCACAACGACCGACACAUCGUCCUUCUGAUAAACAACACAUUGCACUGCUCUGGAUCUGGAUGGAACAAGAAGAAGAAAGGAUAUUGUCGGACAGUUUGCCUAUUUAUAUUUUUGCAAUAUAAAUAUAAUCUCUUAUAUUUGCUUGUAUAAUAUGAUGAUCGUCAGCUCCCAGUACCCCACGUGUGCAGUGUUGACAGGCCAGCGUGAAUGUGCUUCUCGAUAAUAUCUACAGUGUGUCCGCCCCUGCACUGUGGAUAUAAUCCUUCCAUUUAUGACGUUGUGAUGGACAUUUAAUCCAUCACAUUUCAACCAAUGCCCACCAUGGAGGCCUCUAUAUCGUGUGCAGGCCUACAAGUUAUUUCUGUUUGCAAUAUAAAUAUGAUCAUAUGAUAUUGAUGGCCAGUUUGUUUUAGCAGUGGGUGCGCAGUUGAAAGGAAUAGACUAAAUGCAUUGAGCUUCUUUUUGAGGGUGCACUUUGCAUCAUACUCAUUACAUACACUCCUGACAUAGUGAUAGACGUUUCAUCUGUAACAUUAUUACCACUGCACAGUUAAUGAUGAUAAUGAUAAUGCAUAGGGAAUGAAUGCACUUCUUCUUGUGAUCACUUGUAUUAAGGUUAUAGCAAAAAAAUGUAUGUUCUUUGACCAAAUUCAAUAAAAGAAACGAUAAAUGUAUGACUGACUGCCUAUAUAUAUGUGUAUAUAAUAUGUGUAAUAUAUCUUGCACUUAAAAAUGGUGCUUAGCAUUGGGUAGGGUCUUAUCCUGGCUAUCUUUGUUACAUAUGGGGAAUAGGUUAACCUAGUGAUUGUUAGUGCUUGGCACUUGUUACUAUAGAUUAUCCUUACAGUACCGAGAGCGAUAUAUUGUUGUUUUCUCCUUCUUCUGACAAAUUUACUUAUUGUACGUCGCUUCGGAUUAAAGCGUCUGCUAAAUGCCCAGAAUGUGAAUGUCACUAUGUGUUGUUCUGGGUGGUUCUGAUCCACUGGGUCUC